AUGCUCGGUGGGGAACAAUUCGUUACUGCCUGGCUUGGAUGCAUUCAAUGCCACUACGUGCUGUGGACGAAGGGUUUCCGACACAACGAUCCCAGCUUGGCUAAUCUGAUGCUCAGGCGCACGAAUGACAAGUACUACGGGGUGAUGAACGACUGGGACCUCGCCACUGUGGUUGGCGAGUCUCCAGAUACCAAGCGGGGUGAAGUGACAGGUACUAUGCUGUUUAUGGCGCAGGAUGCACUAUUCAGGCUCGCGAUGGAGCAGGGAGACCAGCAUAUUUACCGGCAUGACCUCGAGGCCUUCGUCUGGAUCCUCUUUUGGGUCUGCAUCCAGUACAAAGAUACCCACCUCAUGGCGGGCUUGCCGCUGGGUGAUUGGAACACUUUCAGUCCCAGCAACAUUGCAAGCGAGAAGCAGUGCCUCAUGGACCCGCGAUCGCUUCUGCGCGUUCACAUAACGCCUAUAGACUCAUGGAAGAGUGAGUAG